GAGGGACUUAGCUUUUCGGAGCUUGACCAGCAUGUAGAAGGAGUGCUCUCAUGGCUCCAAGAGCUCAGGGAGCUCCUACCUGGGUGCCACUAGGGUAGGAAGUUUUCUGUUUGUUUUGUUCUGUUUCCGAGGGUCCUGUGCACUUCUCUUGCCUGGAUCACCGUGACUGGUGGUGGUUUCUGCACACCCUGCUCUGUGGGGGAGUGCCCCAACGUGCCUGUCUUAUGUGGCCUCUAUGGACACACUGCUUAGCUGGCAGAGAGCAGGGAAGUUUUCUCCCAGCACCCAAAAAGAGAAAGAGGAAAGUACUUUUUCCUUCUGGGCUCCUUGCAGCACAAUAGACCAGGAUAAGCUUCCACAUUCUCUCCCUGGAUUUCUGGAGUGGUUUCCAGGAAGAAGUUAAACUUUCACCUUUAAAUGGAUGACCAUGUCACAAUCAGGAAGAAACAUCUCCAAAGACCCAUCUUUAGACUAAGAUGCUUAGUGAAGCAGCUGGAAAAAGGUGAUGUUAACAUCGUAGACUUAAAGAAGAAUAUUGAAUAUGCAGCAUCUGUGUUGGAAGCUGUUUACAUUGAUGAAACAAGAAGACUGCUGGAUACCGAAGAUGAGCUCAGUGACAUUCAGACAGAUUCGGUCCCAUCAGAAGUACGGGACUGGUUGGCGUCCACCUUCACAAGGAAAAUGGGGAUGAUGAAAAAGAAAUCUGAGGAAAAACCAAAAUUUCGAAGCAUUGUGCAUGCUGUUCAAGCUGGAAUUUUUGUGGAAAGGAUGUACAGAAAGUCCUAUCACAUGGUUGGUUUGGUAUAUCCAGAAGCUGUCAUAGUCACAUUAAAGGAUGUUGAUAAAUGGUCUUUUGAUGUAUUUGCCUUAAAUGAAGCAAGUGGAGAACACAGUCUGAAGUUUAUGAUUUAUGAACUGUUUACCAGAUAUGAUCUUAUCAAUCGUUUCAAGAUUCCUGUUUCUUGCCUAAUUUCCUUUGCAGAAGGUUUAGAAGUUGGUUACAGCAAGUACAAAAAUCCUUAUCACAAUUUGAUUCAUGCAGCUGAUGUCACUCAAACUGUGCAUUACAUAAUGCUUCAUACAGGUAUCAUGCACUGGCUCACUGAACUGGAAAUUUUAGCAAUGGUCUUUGCCGCUGCCAUUCAUGAUUACGAGCAUACAGGAACCACAAACAACUUUCAUAUUCAGACAAGGUCAGAUGUUGCCCUUUUGUAUAAUGAUCGCUCUGUCCUUGAGAAUCACCAUGUGAGUGCAGCUUAUCGACUUAUGCAAGAAGAAGAAAUGAAUGUUUUGAUAAAUUUAUCCAAAGAUGACUGGAGGGAUCUUCGGAACCUAGUGAUUGAAAUGGUUUUGUCUACAGACAUGUCAGGUCACUUCCAGCAAAUUAAAAAUAUAAGAAGCAGUUUGCAGCAGCCUGAAGGGAUUGACAAAGCCAAAACUAUGUCCCUGAUCCUCCAUGCAGCAGACAUCAGCCACCCAGCCAAAUCCUGGCAACUGCACCACCGCUGGACCAUGGCCUUGAUGGAGGAGUUUUUCCUGCAGGGAGAUAAAGAAGCUGAAUUAGGACUUCCAUUUUCCCCACUUUGUGAUCGGAAGUCAACGAUGGUGGCCCAGUCACAAAUAGGUUUCAUUGAUUUCAUAGUAGAGCCAACAUUUUCUCUUCUGACAGACUCAACAGAGAAAAUUAUUACUCCUCUUAUAGAGGAAGCCUCAAAGACAGACACUUCUUCCUAUGGGGCAAGCAGCGUUGAUUUGUUUAGACGAUCAAAUAUGAAAGGCACCGUGAACGACGGAACCUAUUCCCCAGACUACUCCCUGACAAGCGUAGACCUACAGAGCUUCAAAAACAACCUGGUGGACAUCAUCCAGCAGAACAAAGAGAGGUGGAAAGAGUUAGCUGCACAAGGUGAAUCAGAUCUUCAUAAGAACUCAGAAGAUGUAGUAAACACUGAAGAAAAACAUGCGGAUACACAUUCAUAGGUUUGAAAUACCUUGAAGGCUUCUGUGAGUUUAAACAUGAGAGGAUAAUGACAACAGGACUAAAACAUCCUAAAUCCUCAACAUUCCACAACGUUAUGUUCUCCUUUUUCAGCACACACCUGGAUCAGGCCAUUUUAAUGGGCUCCUAGAAGGAACUUAUACUAAGAAGAACAUAAAUUCUGAGCCAGUACCUCCGGCCAAACAAAUACAUUCAAAAUUGCCAUCAGAGUUUUUGGCCAGUAUUUCUGCCAUUGUCUUUCCUCCAAAAAACAGUCUUGGGGGAAAUGUUUUGAUUGUUUUGAUCCAGCUUUUUCAAGCAAGUCUGAGAAAUUUUUAAGACAAAAGGUGGAUAGUUUAAUAUUUUCAACACUCUGAACCCAGUUAUAGCAAGGGUGACCUUGCGACACAUGGGCAAAAGAUGAGGCAUUUUAAAAAUUUUCUUUCUUGUAUUGUUUUAUGCAGACUUCUAUAGUUACCAAUAUUGCAAGGUUUUAAGUAAAAGGAAAGCAAAGCAAAAAUAUGGAAAACAAUUUUUUUGCAGCUCUGAAGAACAGGCUAUUUAGAUUGUCCUUAUUUUAAAUACACGGAAGCAACAUGAGAGGUCAGGCUGUUCAGAAGCUGUGGUUGAAGUCCUGUGACAACAGUGGAGCUUUAGCCUGGCUCUGCGACCUGAUGACCAUUGUAACUCUCAAGCUGGGAAACCACAGUGAAACCCAUCCCUGAAACCAGCGGACCACCCUGUGGUUUCAAAGCGUGAAAUGUCACCCAUAUGGGGAUCAUCACAAUGCAAAUCACAUAUUACCUACACUUCAGGAUGACAAGAACCUUCAGCCAUUGUUGGAGACAGGUGUUAGAACUGAGAAUGGAAUUUGCCUUCUGGGGUGUUGAUCCCACUAGGACAUAACAAAAUAUAUUACAGGCCCAGGAUAAGUGACAAGAAGUGUGUGUGUGUGUGUGUAUUGAAAAAUAUCUAUGAAAAUGGAAACCCACACUUUUCUGUACAGAUAAUAUUAUUUGGCUUGACUUUUUAAUUUUACUACACAGAAACAGACUGCAACUCUUGGAAACUCAGCUUGCUUGUCAUGUUUUGCCUGAGCAUGUGCAGAGCCUUUCCUUUGCUCCAAACUGAAGAACAGCUUUUGUUAGUUAUUAGCUGACAAGAAAGGUCAAGCACAAUUAGGGGCUGUAACUUUUCACUGUGCAAACACUUCAGUGAUUCUGAGAUGAAUCUAUCUUUGUGAAAGGUAGAAACUGGAUGGAAAAAAUCGAAAGUAGCCAUCAAUUAAAGAACAAAGUGAAGGAGGAUCCAUCCAUACUAUCAGUUUUCUGUUGCACCUGCUUUUUUCUUGGGUUCCACAAUGCUAAGCAAUAUUUUAAAAAUUGAUGAAAUCAGAAGCUUUUAAGUCUGAGUGGUGGGAUUUUAGAACCCACAACUUAGAUCUCCUUUAAUGUGUAAGCCAUAUUCUAUAUGCAUAUUAGGUAUGCAUUGUUCUAAUUUAAGAUAUAUUUGUGCAUAGACUGUGUAUAAAAUGCUUUUAAAUGUUCUGUGAAUAAGGUCCUUAGUUUUUGGUUCACCUGAAUCUUGUGUAGAACUCAGCUAAAGAAUUGAUUUGUAUCAUAGACAUUAUAAUGCAAUUGGUAUUUUAAACGUAAGCAGUACAAAUUGAUCUAUGAUGGCGUGUUGGGGGAGAUUUAUAGAUAUGUACAUCAUGGUGACUUUUUGUCUUUUAACAAUGGACUUUUUAUUUCUAUUUAUGAAGAAAUUAUAACUACUGCUUUCAAUGUCUUUUUAAAAAUAGCUAUUUACCAGCUAGGAAAUAUUCUGCAUUUAAAAUAGAAUCUGACUAUUUGGGAAGUGUAAUUACUUUUGUUCUUAUUUGAGCCAGUUGUCUUUCGGUAGAGCUAGAGAAUCUCUCCAGGGAGAAGUAAAUUGAGACUGCUUCUCAAGGGUCAUAGGAAACUUGUCCGCUUUGUUCCUAUUGAUACUUUAGGACCUAUAGACUUUGUUACUAAAAAAAAAAAGAGAGAGAGAGAGAGAGAAAUAUAAUGGAUUCAUCAGUUUCUGUAUAUGGCCUCUCCCCUAAUUUUCCAGGUUAUUUAACUUAUAAAGCACCGUGACUGAAUUUCUGGAGGGAGUGGAGAAAACACGCUCCACUUCUUCCGAAGAAUUGUCACGCUGUUGAUGCACUUUUUCUCUUCCUCAUCUCCCUUCCUCUCUCCUUUCCCUCCUCCCCCUCCCCUUUCUACUUCUCUCCUUCUCAUCUCCCUUCUUUCUUGCCUUCUCUCUCCCUAAGACAGCGACGAAUUAGUGCCAACUGGCGGGAGUCAGCGCGGAGGUCCCCAGUGCCCAUCCCUUCCGCACACACCAGUGUAGCCCGAGUCCGCCCUGAAGCCAGGGUGGGUGAGUCGGCAGUUCUGUCUCCCAUGUCUGGCUUUGCAUUUUUAUUCUCAGCUACACAACAUAUAUCUAACAAUCUCAUAUGCCUUUUUAUUUAACCAGUAGCUCUUUUAUUUCAUUUUUAACAUGACAAGCUACAAUUCUUGUGUUUUUACUCUGCUGUAAUUCUCUGUAUUUCCUAUUACAUAUGAUUGUUCAAUAAAUCAUACUUGAGGGAAAAUAUUGUGAAACAUUUGGUGUCUGAUAUAAUUCAGUUUUGUGGGGCAUUGAAGAGUUGGGGGAAUCAGGGAAAAUCAGGUAGAUAUCAGUUUUGAUAUGAGUUCUGUCAGAAAAUGGUCUUUGCUCUAUUAAAAAACUAUUCAUUGAA